AUGGAUUUGACACCCGUCCUGGUUGAGACAUGGACUCUCUAUGCCAUAGGAUCUACCAUGAUCGGGGCAAGAGUAUUUGUUCGAACAAGGCUCGUUGGAAUUCAGGGUUACGGCCCUGAUGACUAUCUCGUCUGGUUUACUUGGCUGGUAUACACCUGCGUCACAAUUAUUGCGCAUGUAUUCUUAGUCCAGGCGGGGGGGAAACAUACAUCGGUGUUGACAAAUGCGCAACGAGCGUCAUUAUCCAUGAGCGAGCGGAAAGAUUGGGAAUAUGGCUCCAAGCUCUUCUCCUUUGGCUUCCUUAGCUAUGCCACUAUUGUCUGGAGUCUGAAGUUCAACAUGCUUUUCUUCUACCGUCGACUGGUCAGAGGCCUGCAUAUUGAACGGUUCAUCUUGCCGGCUUUUGGUUUCGUCACAGCAGCGGGUAUUGCUUCCAUCCUUACUUUCUGCUUGGCAUGUGUUCCGUUCACCAAGCUGUGGCAGGUUUAUCCAAACCCAGGAGGUUAG